UUUACAAUGUCAGGCUUUGAUAAUCUCAACACGGAUUUCUACCAGACAAGUUACAGCAUCGAUGACCAGUCCCAGCAGUCCUAUGAUUAUGGAGGGAGUGGAGGACCCUAUAGCAAACAGUAUGGUGGCUAUGACUACUCGCAACAAGGCCGGUUUGUACCUCCAGACAUGAUGCAACCACAGCAACCAUACACUGGGCAGAUUUUCCAGCCAACCCAGACAUAUACCUCGACUACACCUCAGUCAUACUAUGGAAACAACUUUGAGGACGAGCCACCUUUAUUAGAAGAGUUAGGUAUCAAUUUUGAUCACAUCUGGCAGAAAACACUUACGGUCUUACAUCCACUAAAAGUAGCAGAUGGCAGUAUCAUGAAUGAGACCGAUUUGGCAGGACCAAUGGUUUUUUGCCUUGCAUUUGGAGCCACUUUAUUACUGGCUGGCAAAAUCCAGUUUGGCUAUGUAUAUGGAAUCAGUGCAAUUGGUUGCCUGGGAAUGUUUUGUUUGUUGAACUUAAUGAGUAUGACAGGUGUUUCAUUUGGUUGUGUGGCAAGUGUCCUUGGAUACUGUCUUCUUCCUAUGAUCCUGCUUUCCAGCUUUGCAGUAAUAUUUUCUUUGCAAGGAAUGAUAGGAAUCAUUCUCACUGCUGGAAUUAUUGGAUGGUGUAGUUUUUCUGCUUCCAAAAUUUUCAUUUCUGCAUUAGCCAUGGAAGGACAGCAACUUCUAGUAGCAUAUCCUUGUGCUUUGUUAUAUGGAGUCUUUGCUCUAAUUUCCAUCUUUUGAACUGAAUUUAUCACGGAUACGGACAUCAGUGGGCCAAACUCACAAAUAGUAUCUUGAACUCUCAAGUUGGAUCAGCAAACUGCGACAUCACCACUCUCGUGCAGAUUUAACAUUCGACCAUUGGAUCGAUGGAAGUAAACAUAUAUCAUUGGUUCAUUUGUAUAGAACUUUUGAAUACAUUAUUGGGUUUAUCAGCAGUGUGACUAGCUUUAAGUGUUCAUGCUUAUACAAAUACGAUGUGCUAUUUCUUUAAUAUUUCUGCUGCCUUUAGAAAAACAGGUUUUUUUUUCUUGUCAACUAUAUUAUGUUUUUGAUAGCUUUUUAUCAGCUGUGGGAGACUGACCACAGAGGUCUUGUAAUCUUUCUUAAAUCCCAUCCUAUAAUAAAGGCGACAAAAG